GCCUUUGGGGAUAUUGCCAAAUCUCACUUUGGAAGGAACGCUCCAUGACCAACCUCUUCAGACACACUGCAGCUGCACUGUACACACAAAAAAGAACAAAUGGCGCAUCUCCGGCCAGCUUCUGAAGGUUUUGAAAAUUCGGACAGAGAUUAUGAGAAUGUGUUACCUCCACGUGUGCUGAGACUGCAGCAAUUAGGUACAAAGCCAGCACGGGAAGCAAAGCCAGAUGUUCCUUCAUCCAUCACAUUGACUGACAAUACAAGGGGCAGAUCUUGGAAAACACCCAUUGUCAUUCUUUACCUCUUGGUGUGUGUUUCCCUGUUAAUAGCCACAACAGCGUUUGUGCUGUCCUUUUUGAAAUUUUUUCCCCGCUGCCCAUACGGUUGGCAGACGUUCCAGGCCAAAUGCUACCACUUCUCUAUGAACAACGUUACAUGGAUGGAGGCAAAGUGGGCCUGCCAGAGCCUUGGUGCACACCUGGUGGUGAUUGGUGAUGAUGAGGAAGGUGCAGCUGAACAGAUGUUUCUGGACCAGAAAACAAAAUUUAGUUACUGGAUUGGCUUGAAGAAUUAUGAGAAUAGAGGAUUGGUGUGGGUGGAUGGCACACCCCAAUCUGACACUUCUCAGCUCAAAAUAAUGAAUAAGACAAGCUGUGUAUAUGUCUUACAAGAAGAUGGCACAAAUAAGAAAACACAGACUCCUUGCUCUAAAUCUCAUCGUUACAUUUGUGAAAAACAACCAACAUGAGAAAUAUGAAGGCUUUAUAUUAAUUUAUAAGUAUUACAUGCUCAUUUGCAGAAAAACUGUAUAGCCCAUGACUUGCAAUCUUCCCCCCUGACUUCUCUGGACAACAUAAUGUGAUAGAGAAUAAAUACUAUGCCAAUGAUGAAUCAUUCAUAUCCAA